AACCCGAGACUAAGGUCGUCUAGUCAAUUGUCAUGCAUGCUCUCUCAUUAAGCAAAACAGCAAACCAUCGAGAAACAAAGUUGACGCUCCGUCGCUCUCCGAUACCAGAACCACCGCCAAAAUCCUCCACAGACUGAAUCCAAUUGAGAGUAAGAAAACCGAGUGUCGAUUUUAUCCAUGGAAGUUGAGUGUAUGAGAGCUUGCAUGAGAAAGCUCGCAAUUUGGUACACCCCCAAUUUCAAGCCUAUCACUAAUCACGAUGAGCUUGAUCGCAUCAUGUCUACCCUCGGUUUUCUCUCUCUACCACCAAUUUCCACCACCACCGCCUCAACCUCCGCCUGGAAAGAGUACUCCUUUUCUGCCGCCGGAAUUUUUCUUUCCAAAUCCCCCUCUCCUCCGCGCCCUCGCCUUCCAUAUCCCAGAAUUGACGGCUUACAUGUCAACACCUACCACGCGUUUUUGGAUUCCGUCAAUUUUUACCUCCGUAUGCACAACAUAUCUGAUAUUUUCCAUAUUCGGGGAAUGCCAUUGCACCAUGUCCAUGACAGAAAUCAGAAAUGGUCGAGAAUGGUUGGAGAUGAUUUGGUUUAUGUGUACAGAGAAGGAACCAUGGAGUUGUCACCAACAAACAAAAAUGCUGUCCAAAACAAGGAUCAGAAUCCAGUUUUGUGCGUUGUUCCAUGGACUAACAUCAACGACAAGAUGUUAUAGUAGUAGAAAAGUAGAUACUUCACCUUUGUUUAGAUGAAUAUAUGCACUAAAAAAACAAUCAAACUAGUUCUUUCUAUGUUCUUGUUGAUAUGGGGUAGUAGUAUUAGAUCAUGACUUAUGAGAAUAGGAGCUUUUGAUGGAUCAGUAGAUAUGCUUGCUUUUGAUUUAUGUUUGUUUUAAAAAAAGCAUCUGAACUAAACUAAUGCACAUUCAUUUC